GCGUUUCGGCGUGAGAAGUUUCUGUAGCGAUUUCAGUGUCUGUCGCGGCAAAAUACGUGCUAAUCAUGUGUAAUUGCCUCAGAAAUUGCGUGAAAGUGCACCUCAAGAGCCCGACAAGUGCUCACGUGUAAAGAAAUUCUUUAGUCUGUAGUGCAAGUGUGAUAAAAUGACGUGCAAAGUGAACUCACGAGUGGUGUGAGUGUUCGCACGAUAGACAGAGCUCUCGGUCGGUUGUGAGGCAUUCCCGGUUCCCAGGGAGAGUGACGUGUGGAGAGUGAGCGUUCGAGGGCCGCUGAGAAGACCAGCGCGAGGAUGAAGCAGAUCAACAUCGCCGUGGUCGGGAUGUCCGGCACGGAGAAGGAGCGCGGCCAGAUCGGCGUGGGCAAGUCGUGCCUGUGCAAUCGCUUCGUGCGGCCACUAACUGACGAUUACUUCAUCGAUCACAUAUCAGUAUUAAGUCAGUCUGACUUUUCUGGACGCGUUGUCAACAAUGAUCAUUUUCUCUAUUGGGGUGACGUGAAGAAGACAUCGGAUGAGGGGGUGGACUAUGUCUUUCAUCUCAUUGAGCAGACGGAGUUUAUGGAUGACGCCACAUUCCAGCCAUUCAAGGUGGGCAAAAUGGAGACGUACAUGAAGCGCUGCGUCGCCACGAGGGUGGCUUCGGCGGAGAAGAUGAUGUACAUUUGCAAGAAUCAAUUGGGUAUUGAGAAGGAGUACGAGCAGAAGAUACUGCCAGAUGGACGACUCAAUAUCGAUGGCUUUCUGUGCGUGUUCGACGUGAGCGCCGUGCCGAACAGGAGUGUGGAGAAGCAGGUGGAUUUUGUGUGUACACUCAUCAACAAUUUGCUCAAGACGAAGAAGCCAGUGCUUCUGGUGACGACGAAGAACGACGAGGCGAAUGAAUUGUACGUGCGAGAGGCUGAGAAGAUAUGCCAGCGGAAGGAGUACAAGGGCAGCGUGUUGUUGGUGGAGACGUCCUCGCACGAGGGCAUCAACAUUGACAUCGCGUUCAUCGCUCUGGCGCAGAUGAUCGACAAGACCAAGCAGAGGACGAAGAUUAUCACGUACCAAGAGGCGGCGCGGAUGCGCAAGGAGCUCCUGGACACCAGCACGGAAGCCGUGACACGAUUGAUUAGGACGCAAAUUGCGGAUUAUCACACGCUGUGGUCGCAGGGAUCGAAGGCGCUGUCGGUGCACAAGGAGUGGCAGGACUUUAUCGAACUGUUCGGCCAGGAGGCUGGUCAGCGCAUCUUCAGGCGACACAUCAAGAAGCUGAGGGAGGAGAAUGUGACCAAGCGCCUCCAUCAGUACAUGGAGAACUUCUCGUGCGCCCUGCAAGAUCUCAUUCCCGACAUGAACUCCCUGAGCAUGGAUGUUAGCGAUGACUGGACUCUGGUGCAGAACUACUUGAAAACGCACAUUGACUUCGACCAGUACUUCUUCGAGUGCCACCAAGCGCCAUGGACAGACCUCAGCGAUGUGAGCGACACGGAGGAGGAGUCCCGGAUCCCUUUUGAUGUUUUGGACACGCCAGAGGCGGAGACAGUGUUCAAGAAUCACGUGAACGCUCUGCAGCAGGAGCAGAAGAGGCUAGAAUGGAAGAAGCAGUUCAAGAAACUCCUCGAGGAGACAGGAUAUGUGACUCCGGGGAAGCAAUUGUCUGAAGUGCGUGUCCUGUUUAUGGGUCGUGAGUGUUUUGAGGCACUCUCAGAGCACGAUUGUCAGCAGAUUUAUGACAAUCAUCAGCGUGAAAUAAUAGAGAAGGCAAAGCACAACUUUCAGGAGUUGCUGCUCGAGCACGCUGAUUUGUUCUAUCACUUCAAGAGCAUCGAUCCGUCUGGUACGAUCACGCAGGAUGACAUCAAGGAGAUCACGGAUGUGCUGCAGGAGGACAUAAGGUACAAGAUGCUGGACAGAUUGGAUCAGGAUAGGAAGCUGAUGCUGUUCCAGCACUUGGGCUUUGUGCACUGUCCAAUUAGGGAGCACUGUCCGGCGUUUCCCAACUGUAUGGAUGCACUCAUUGAGCGGAUUAUCACGGCGAAGAAGGCGCAACAGAGUCUGCCGCGGCGGGGACAGUGGAAACAGCCGCCGAAGAGUGAGGACAUGAAUUUGAAUCUCCUGAUUCUGGGAUCUGAACACCUGGCCGGUGACUUAAUCAAUGAGAUUUGCCUGAAUUGCGGUGACGAGGGUGAAUACAUCUAUGAUGGCCAGACUCAUUUCCUGCAGACAAAGAUAAUCGAUGGCAAUAUGGAGAGUUUCAAGUCAAUAGACUUCCAGUCGAGUGGCCUCGUGUGUGUGUACUCCAAUCAGAUGUCCUUUGAGUACUUGAAGGAGAGUCUGGAGAAGAGUUUGCUCUGCAAUCUCGAGUUGGAGGAUAAAUUUGAGAAUUUGCCACUCGUCCUAGUGUAUCAGCCGGAAGAUUCGAAGCUGGAGGAGGCGGAAAUUGAGUUGUUACGCAGUGAAGGACAUCAAUUGGCUGAUCUGCUUCAUGGUCUCUUCAUUGACACGUCACUGAAUUUCUAUCAUCACCGACAGAGUCAGCAUCAGAAUUACAUCUAUGACAUAAUCAACCACUUGAUAGAGUGUCUCAAGUCAUUGGAUCCCAAGUCCGAUGAUCCGUACAACAUGAGUCCAGACAUUAGGAUAAUCCUGUGCAUGUUCUGCGGUGAUCCGUUCUCUGUGGAGAGUGUCCUCAGCUCCAUCAUCACUGAUGCAUCGUGUACGCUGUCGAGUGAGCGGAGCCUCAUACUGGAGACAUUCCUCGGAGACACGAAGAGGCGAAUUGAAAUAAUAGUGUCAUCGUAUCAUGGAGCGAAUGCAUUCCGUGAUGAGUUGGUGCAUGGCUUCAUAUUGCUGUAUUCCACGAAGAGGAAGGCAUCGCUCUCCACGCUUAAUGCAUUCUCCAUGAAUAUUCCGAAUUUGCCCAUGCAAAUAAUGGCCAUUACGUCAGAGGGUGGGAGCGCAUCGGCCUUCUUCAACAACGAAAUGUGCCAGAUGCUGAUGACUGAGGGAAAUGCCAUUGCUGAUCGCCUGCGAGCGCACUUCAUGACAUCAGCCACGGGGAAUCAGCUGAAGACCUCAAUUUUCCUUGCAGUCGCCUUCUACACGCCCUUCCUCAAGGAAGUGUGGGACAAGAAGCCCGAAAUUGAGCAGGCUUUCCACAUGGAGGAGCCCGUGACGCUGGAUUCGGGCGAAGGUACACUCGAGCACUCGAUGCAUCAUCAUUUGCCACAGCCACCGCCGCGACAUGAGAGCUACAUGCUGAAGAAUAACCACGAUGGGUCGGGAAGUGAGAAUUACGAACAUCUGCCGACAAGAUCUCUCAACUCGCUAAAUGGCCCGGAUGACAACAUUAAGCUCAAUCUCAACGACAACAGCGAGAAGUAUCCCCAUCUCUACAUGCUGGGCGAGAAGGAUAUGGGAAUUGACGAUACGUACAUGAACGAUGACGAUAAGGAUGAGAAGAGUCGCUUGAUACAUCAAGGUUUCCAAAUUUAUCCGCCGCCAACAACACCCCCGGAGCCUGCGCCCCCGGAUCUUCACAUGGGCCCAACGGCGCUCAUGCGACAACUCAAGGGAAACCUCGUGUCGGCAUCUCAGUCGAGUCUCGAUGAGAUAACAUCCGACGUGAGUGGAUCGAAAGAUUCCCUCACAACUCAUGAUUCAGGUUGGCUGGACGAUGCUCUGUUUAUUGGUCGUGAUGGGGACAAGCGUGACGGAAGUGGUAGCAAGAGGAGUGUCCUGUGGAACAACUUCGGUGCGCAUCAUGCUUUUACCACGGGCAGGCGGCAAAAUGAGUCAUCAACGUUUGGCAAUAAAGUGCGACCGAAAGGACCGAGUCAGACACUAAAGCAACCGGGGAAGCUGAAUCUCAAGAACUUUGCCAUCGUGAACGACGCGAUAGCGCGUAUGAAUGUGAACAGUGACGGAGGCAUUGACGGUAGGAAAUGCGGUUGGGAGCGGGAAUUGAAAGCCAGAGGCUCAAUAUUCGAUCAUGCCCCUUUGGCAGCUCCUGAGGAGGACUCAGACGAUCUGGCGGAGGCGGGAUACAGUCAGGUGAAGGAGGUUUAUCCAGUCGGUGGCGGUGGCAGUGUCGAUGAUCAGCAAAUGUACAAUUAUGCACUCGAUACGACGCCCAAUAAGUCCAAAUUGCGCCAUCGACGUGAGAAGGAGCAACAGAAGUAUUCAGACACGGAUUCGGAGUCGAGUUCGCUGGAGAGGAAGAACAACAGGGGCUUCGAUGGGUACUACAAGAUGAAUCGCAAGGCCCAGACGCACAAGAGGGUCCGCAAGAAGAGGACGGCCAUUCCGGUGCAGCCGCCAAAGGUGCCGUUCGGCACGUACGUGAGCCCGCCGGAGAUUCCGCUGUUGUACCAAAGAAUGAAGGCGGGCGAGCAGGCGAAGAAGCUGCUGCCGGGCAUGGUGGAGAAGCACGCCGAGGAGGAAUCCAGUCUCGACGUGUCGUCGCCGCGUGACAAUAAUUCGCCGAUUUUCGGUGUGGUGCCCAAGGUGGUGAAGGAGGGCGACCGCGAGAAGUUGAUUGAUCACAAGCGUGAGAAGCAGAAGUUGUCGAAGGAGGAGGAGAAGAUGGAGAAGCGACGUGCCAAGGAGGAUGCGGCCAAAUUGAGGAAGAUGCUGGACAAGGAGAAGGAGCAGGAGAAGCGGAAUAAGCGAAAGUCAAAGGGAAAGGUUGGGAGUGCAAGUGGUGGUGAUGCCCCAACAUUGCCCGACUUUAUUCAGUCUGAUAAGAACUUUAUUCCGCUCUUCCUCGAGAAAUGUGUCCAAUUUAUUGAACAAGAAGGUCUCGACUCUGAAGGUAUUUAUCGUGUUCCUGGCAAUCGUGCCCACGUUGACAUGCUGUAUCAGAAGUUUGAAGAAGAGGCGACUGUGGAUAUUGACGCUCUGGAUAUUCCCGUUAAUGCCGUGGCCACUGCACUAAAGGACUUCUUCUCCAAGCACUUACCGCCGCUCUUUGAUGAGGAUUUAAUGACUGAAUUGGAAGAUAUUGCCGGUUCUCGUGGAAUGGCUUCGAAUACGCUGAGCAUGGAGGUCAAGACUGACCGCAGUUGUCGUCUGUUGGCACUCCGGGGACUGCUGAACAAGAUGCCAUCGAUUAAUUUCACCAUAUUGAAGUAUAUUUUCCAGCACUUUGUCAGGGUGUCGGAGAAUGCAAAAUUGAACAGCAUGGACAGCAAGAACUUGGCCAUUUGCUGGUGGCCGACACUCAUUCCGAUUGAAUUCACCGAUAUGGGACACUUUGAGCAACUGAGGCCGUACUUGGAGGACAUUGUGCAGACGAUGAUAGAUCAAUAUCCGUUCCUCUUUUGUGGCAAAGAGGCUUUUGUGAUGGUGUGAAAUGAGGAGAAUGCAUCAUAAUCAUCUCUCAUCGAAAUUGGCGUCACUCAUCGUUGUUAGGCAUGAAACGCAUGAAACUCAUGAGAAGCAUAUAUAAUUAUUCCAGUGUAUUUUAAGUGAUUGUUUCUAUACAAUUUUUUUUUAUAUCUAAUUUAUGGUGACAUAUUUGGGUUCUUCAGUUAGUGUUUUUUUUUUCUGAGAAUAGGUAAUAAGAAGUACUAAUUAAAUGUGCGUGUACGAAUUGAGACAAAGAGGACGAAUAUGCUUUGUAGGUUGAUUUCUCAGAUAUUGUUGUGAAAGUCAAAAAUGAAGCUUUAAUUAUCGGAUAGGAGAACAUCGAUAAAAGCUGGUUUUGCCAUAGUUUUUAGCACUGCAACGUGUGGAUUCGUUAUUAUUUAGGGGAUCCUUUUGGAGACUUCUUUGUCUCUCUUCGGUGGAUGUUGACAUAUGAAUCAAUGUUCCCCCAAAAUGUGAAUACCUAUGCACUCUCCUCCUAAUCAAUGGCUAUGAUGAACAAGAAAACAGAUUUAGAAUUCCUUAAAAAUACUCCAAAUUAAUAACUAAGAAUGAUAUUCAAUUAAUCACGCGUGAAUCUCAUGUGGAGAGAAUUUGUGGAGCGUGUUGGCAAGAAGUAAAUACCAAUUAUAGUGUGUAUACAGUCAAUAUUGAUAGAGUUUUUAAAUGUGUAACUUGCAAGUUGAGAGAAAAGAAACUGGCUCUUCCAAUUUUUCAAUUAUGUAAUAAAGAAAAAGCGAGGUGAAAGUUAUAAUUGGGAUGUGAAGGUGGUGAAAAAAAAUGGAUACAUACAUAUAUUAUUAAUGAGAAAAGAAAAAGUAAUGAUAUAUUGAAUAGAGAAUAUUAAGGAGAUGAAUGGAGUAAACAAAUCAAGCAAAAAUUUGCUAUCUGCUUAGAAUUCAAAGGACAAAAAGAAAAUGAAACAAGGCAAAGCAUUUAGUUAGGCACACAACUCAAUUUUUCAAGAUGAACGUGAAGAGAGAGAGAGAGAGUAUAUGAAAGUCUAUAUAUUUUAAAAGAGUCUAAUUUAUUUUUGAAUUAGCCAAAAGGAUAUGAAAUUUUAUCACUAGUGAAUUGAAAAUAUAGAAUUUGUAACAUGAUAUACAAUUCUUUUUAGAGUGAGAUACAAGAAUUAGUUGCAGUGAGAAAAAGAAGGACGAGAGAGGAAUAUUAUUUGUAUAGAUAAAAUGAAUUCGCCAUAUUUUUUACUUCCCUUUUGUUGAUAGAUUUCAAGAGUGUAGAAAUUUUUUUACAAUUUUACCAUGGAUUUUUUCCAAAAAAAAAAAGAAAA